AUGAAAUCGCCUUCUUCUUCUGUAUCCAUUUAUUGCAUAUCAAUUUCAAGACAGGCUCGUAAUUUGAAAAAUGCGCGUGAGAUAAGGAUACAAAAAUUAAAAGCACAAAACACCAUAAAAGCAAAGAAAAAUGAUAAGAAAGAAAUGAGAUCCAAUCAGAACUUGAUAAUUUCAAAAUGUGUAAUUUUCUUGAGUUCAAGAGAUACAGAGGAUUUCUGUUUACUUUCGUGGUUUUCCCGAUGGUUAGGAGAAAAAUCCUUAAAAGACUUGGAAACGAAAAUUAAGGAAUUGGAGCAAAGUAACGAAGGGUUACGUUCACAAUUCAAAUAUUUAGAAGAAAAAGUUAGAGAGCGAGAUGAAGAAAUCAUAGUCAAUAUCAAUAAUUUAGAAGAAAAGGUUAGAGAGCGAGAAGAAGAAACGAAAGCCAAGCAAGAAAUUAUUAAUAAUUUAGAAGAAAAGCUCGAGCUUGAACGACGAGGACCUCAUUUAGAUCAAUUUUCAGAAACUUAG